AUGAUCUUUAUAAGACUGCGUAGAUGGAACUAUGAACCAUUGUUUUGCAGUGUGAGAACAAAAGAUGGACUUGAUGCGAUUGUUGGACCUAGUGGUGUUGGAAAGUCGAGAUUAAUCAACAUACUGAGAAGUAACUCUGGUGGUGCCAUUGAAGACGAAAAUUGGUUUGAGCCUAUAUUUGGUAACAACAACAAGUGGUUUGAUGAUCAGCGAGUUGGUGAAGUUUCAAGUGGAAGCGGUAGGGGCAAACAUACAGCUCGAAGUGUAUCGCUGCUGCCAGUUUCUGAAGGUGGUUACCUCGCUGAUACUCCUGGCUUUAACCAUCCUAGUUUGCUGAAGAUACGGAAACUGAUUGAGGAAGAAAAUUGCGGAUUCAAAGACUGCUUGCAUAUUGGGGAACCAGGAUGUGUUGUGAAAGGAGACAACGGGAGGGUUUCAGACAUUUCUAUGUUAAGCAAGUUCUUACGGCUAUGUCCAUCUCGUGAAAUACACUCAUCCGACGGCUCCUCCUUUGAAGCCGCCGUGAAAAACUCUUACGAGGACGACUUGGACAAUCUUGAAAGAGAGUUAGAGAUCUUACUCGACCUCAGAGGAAACCAGAGAAUCAUCGGAUGCUUGAGGGAUAAUCUGGAGCAAGGCUUAAGCUUUUACGGGAACAAAGUCCACAAGUUGCUUCUCGAGUAUGCACCGGAAGGCAGUUUAAGCGCUUUCAUGGACAAUUUCUCCGCCGAUAGAAAGCUUCCCGAGUGGAUGAUUAAAGACUUCACGCGGAUGAUUCUUCAAGGCUUGGUCACGAUUCACCGUCACGGCUACGUUCAUUGCGAUCUCAAAUCGGACAACCUACUUGUGUUUCCGUCCACGAGACAUUCAAAUUCGCCGUACGAGGUGAAGAUUUCUGAUUUCGGAAACUCGUUGAGAGUUGGACAAGUUCCUGAGUUCUGGGGGAUUGAUUUUCCAUUCGUUGGGACUCCGAUCUACAUGCCGCCCGAGUCUCUUCGUGACGGCAUCGCCAACAAAACCCUAGAUCUUUGGUCUGUGGGAUGCCUUGUCCUGGAGAUGUACACAGGCGUGGUUCCAUGGAAAGGCGUUGGACUCGAUGAUCUCAAGACUCGUCUUCUUGAUGGUAAAGCUCCAGAGAUUCCAGAGAGUUUGCCUUGCGAUGCACGGAGCUUCAUCAAGACUUGUUUCUCUAGGAAACCUGAUGAGAGAGGAAGCGCGUUCGAGUUGUCUAAAGACAAAUAA